ACAAAAAUGAGAAUAGAAGUCAGAAGAACAUACCCAACAGUCGAGACCUUGGUCACUAGGGCCGUAAUCGUUCGCAAGAGAUCAGACCGCAGCUCUAAUCCAAGUGACGAAGGCUUAGUCGAGAGAAUGAUUACGACCUUCGGUGGAUGUGCACGCUUGAUUUUUUGUGCAAUGUUUGCAGCAGCUUGUUUAUAUUCAGCAAGUGAAGGAGCUGCAACGUGCUUUACCUGCGACUCGCGAAACGACAAAACGUGUGCACCAGAAUCACUGGAUAAAUCGAAGCAGACACGGUGUCGCAGUGGAGAGUUAACCUGUGCAGUGAUCAAAAUCGAGCCCUACUCACCCGAUGGUAACACAUCCAACCAUCAGUUCGUGCGAUUCUGCAAAAGCGAGUGUGAAAACGUUACUCUCACAUUAACUGUUAAAACAAAACACUGUACUCUUUGCUGUCAAACUGACCUCUGUAAUGACUUCUCUUUCGAUCCUUGUAACCCCCCGUCUAAGACAGCGCACCUAGGGCACGGAACUUUAGUCACAGCACUUCUGUGUGGUUUGGCAGUACUUGGAACAAUUUACUUCCGGUAAUGCCUGGCUUGGGUAUUAUUUUCCAACAAGAGAACAUACACUAGCAUCAUAGGACCAGAACACCGAAACCAGAUUAUAAGAUAAUGAAAUAAUUUGAAUAUAUCAACAAAGUUGAAAUGGUAAA